CUCGUGCAGUUGAAUCGAGGCGAUGGGUGGUGGAGGAGGUGAGGUGAUUGGGGAACUCCGCUUUUUAUUCCGCGCUUUAUUCCGCGCCCUGCAAUUCCGCUCCGCCACACGCACAUAUAAACCGCAGCCUUGCCACCCAUUGACUCCACUCAAAAACACAAACCAAACAACCACAACCACAACCAUCCACCAACCAAAAAACCUCCAUCCCCACAAUGGGCGGCUCAACCACCACCUACCCAGGCUUCCCCGUCCCAAACCCCACAACCUCCUACUGGCAACUCCCCCCGCACCGAAUAGCAAACCACCGCACAACCCCCAACCUCCCCACCACAACAACAUUCGACUACAUAAUCAUCGGCUCCGGCAUCUCAGGCGCAGCCACAGCCUACAAACUCCUGCGCCGCAACCCGUCCACCAGCAUCCUCAUGCUCGAAGCCCGGAGCGCCGCUUCAGGCGCCUCAGGCCGGAACGGAGGCCACUGCCGCGCCGGCUGGUGGACGAAUUUCAAAAAGUACGCAGAGGCUUUUGGCGAGGAGGAGGCGUUGAAGUUUGAGGCGCUGGAGGAGGGGAAUGUGCGGGAUAUUGCGGCUUUUGUGCGGGAGCAUGAGGUCGAGUGUGAUUUUCGCGCUGUCGAGACGGCGGAUUUGGCUGCUACGGAGGCGGUGUGGGAGGAGGCGAUGGAGGUUGUGCGGUUUCGGGAAGAUGUGAGGAGGCGGCGACCUGAUGCUGGGGAUCUAUCGAGUGAGCGGAAGUUCUGGGUGGGCGAGGAGGCGAGGGAGCGGUUUGGGAUUGAGGCGCUCGUUGGCGCCAUUACUUAUCCUGGCCAUACGCAGAAUCCGUAUCGCCUUGUUUGUCGCAUGCUCGAGCUGAGCCUGGACAUGGGCCUGAACUUGCAGACCAACACGCUGGUGACGGACGUCUCGCCUUCCACCACUCCAGACGGUGCGCGACAGUGGAACGUGCGAACAGAAAGAGGCACCGCCCAGGGCAGACAAGUAGUCCUAGCGACAAACGCCUACACCAACGCCCUCCACCGCAGCCUCGGCGCAACAGGCUUCCUCACCCCCUCCAGAAGCCAAGUCACCGCCCUUCGACCCGGGAGCAACGCAACCGGCAACCCCGCCCUCCGCGGCAGCGCAGGGAUCGACGACUUCGAAGCAGGUGGCUACUUCUUCGCUCGUGAGCCAGGUCUCCAAGGCGAGGGGGACAUCAUCUGGGGCGGCGGGCGGCCGGUGUCGAAAACGAGGGAAAUGGGCAUCACGGAUGAUUCGACGGUCCAUGCGGGGAUUGCGGAGUACCUUCACCACGCUCCGGGCCAUUUGUUUGGGGAGAAGGCGUGGGGGACGGAGGGGGAGGUGUUGAGGGAUUGGACGGGGAUUGUGUGCUAUACCCCUGAUACCUUUCCACUUGUUGGGGAGGCGCCGGGAGAGGAGGGGUUGUGGAUGUCGGUGGCGAUGAAUGGGCAUGGUAGUAAGUGAUUUCCUAUGAGGCGUUUAGUGAUCUUGACUGACGUGCUUGCACAGUGGCUAUGGCGUUCCGAUGUGCGGAGGCCUUGGUCGAGAUGAUGACGACGGGUCAGAGGCCCGAAUGGCUGCCGCAAUCCUUUCGGGUGGAGCGAGCGUGGGAGAACGCAGGGCCCACGCUGCAGAAGUAUCUGAAAGUAACGUGACGAUGAUGGGAUCUGCAGCACUGCCCUGCACAUUGGUAGUGCACAAUCGGGCGUCUGGAGUAGCAAAGUCG